GGACGCAGGAGCGGAGUUUAGCAGUCCAGUUUGAGUAUAGGUCACGUGAGCUGGGAGGCGGGGCCGGGUGACGUGUGUGGGCGGGGCUGAGUCCUGCCGCCGCCGCCGCUCUUACCUGUCCAGUGCGGGAGCGGCAGCGCACAUAGUAGACAGACCGGCUGCGGGACGGCGGGGAGCACACUGCCGCCACUGACUGCGGGACCAUGGGAGUGUGUGACGGCGAGAGCAGCAACGGAGCUGGCCGCCACUAGAUCCGGGAUCUCCUCUCUGCACAGGGACUCCCAGCACUUCUAUACAAAGCUCCGGGAUCUAGUGGAUCCCUCACCAUGGCUCUGUCCCAGAUCCAAUGCCUGGAUCAUAACAAUGUCAACUGGAGAUCCAGCGAGGGCAAGCCCGAGUUCUACUACAGCGAGGAGCAGCGGCUGGCGCUGGAAGCCCUGGUCUCCUCCGGCCAGGACUCCUUCCAUGAAGUGGUCAAGAAGGAGAACAUCAGGGACUUCCUGUCCGAGCUGGAGCUGGCCAAGAUCCCCUCCAGGGUGGAGCCCUUUGACCCUGACACUAGUCACCCCAGAAAAAGCGGGGACAAGUCUGAGCAGGAGGGAGAAGAGGACCCCCUAGAUGGGGCUGCACAUUCCUUGGAAUAUUGGCCGGAUAGGUCGGACUGCUCCAUCCCAGAGUUGGAUUUGGGGUGGCCGGAUGCCAUGGCCUACAGAGGAGUGACCCGGGCAACAGUAUACAUGCAGCCCCCCAUCGACGGCCAGCCUCAUAUCAAAGAGGUGGUCCGGAAGAUGAUCACACAAGCCCAAAGGGUCAUUGGUCUGGUCAUGGACCUCUUCACGGAUGUGGACAUAUUUAAGGAUCUGUUAGACGCGGGAUUCAAGAGGAGGAUCUCGGUGUACAUCAUCCUGAAUGAGUCAGACUUGAAGUAUUUCCUACAGAUGUGUGAGAAGGCCCAGAUGCACCGAGGUCACCUCAAGAACCUCAGGAUUCGUAUCGUCGGGGGAUGUGAGUUCUACACCAGAUUCUCAACCAGGUUCAGGGGCUCUUUAGGACAGAAGUUCAUGUUUGUGGAUGGAGACAAAGCUAUGUGUGGGUCUUACAGCUUCACCUGGUCAGCAGCGAGGAUUGACCGAAAUCUAAUUACAGUGCUUACUGGUCAAGUCGUGGAGACCUUUGACCGUCAGUUCCAGGAACUUUAUCUCCUGUCCAAGGGAGUCAGUCUGAAAAAUGUUCCAAUGGAUAACGAACCAGAACCAGAGCCAGUGUUUCAGCCGGUUUCCGUGCCCACAGGACCCUCGGAAUCCAUUGCUAAGAAGAUGAUUAACCCCAAAUAUUCCCUGGUGACUGUCAAGAGUUCCAGUGACACUGGCAAAGAUUCCAAGAAAGGACCUGAAAUUGCGAAGAAGAUUCCCACCAAAACACGAGUACCUACAUUCGAGCACCUGAGGAGGGAGUCCCAGAUCCAUCCCGCUCUACAAGACAUGGAAAGAGCCGAUAUGUUUGAGUAUUUACCCACAUGGGUGGAACCAGACCCAGAGCCCGGUAGUGAUAUCUUAGGGUACAUUAAUAUUAUUGACCCCAGCAUAAGGAAUGCACAGCCAUCUCAGAUGAACAGAAUCAAGAUUUGUGAUACGUCUCAAGCAACAGCCGAGUACUUAAAACAGGCCAGGGAGAAUGAGAUGAUGAAGCAACAACAACAGGAGAGUUCAUCUUCUACCAAGAACGAUGCCGGGCAGCCUGACCACUCUCGAGAAUGUGGUCAGAACCAGAGCACAACAGACAGAGGGUCUAGCAAUGGUCAACUUUCUAGACAGGCUAGCCAAGAGCAUGGAUCGAAAGCAAUCUGUACAAAGAGUCUAGCGUCAAGGCAGGAUAGCCAAGAUGGAACUCUUGCAAGUAAAGCGCCAAGGGAGGAAUCAUCUGUGGAAGUUGACAAUAUAAAGAAGCAUGACCAUAAAGAAACGGCCACCUCUGAGGUUCAGGAGAUACCUUCACCACAAAGGUCUCCAGAAGGCAUUGCAACAUUAGCUGAACGUAAUCACAUUGUGCACAGGGGCACAGGACCGGCCCCAACAGGUGGCAAGCCGCCUCCUAUGCCAAAGCCUAGAACCAUGCAAGUCACAGACUUCAUUAGCAUGAAGAACUCAUUAAAUACCAAAUCUCUCAAAGCCAGCACGUCGGUGGAGGAAAACACUGUGCCCUCAGUCAAUGGGAUGGAUGCCGAAGGAAGAGAAGCGGAAGAGAUCGACAUCCUGAUUGAAAAUGGACCUAAUGAUAACGAUCAAAACGAAGAUGACGGUAGUAUGUUUAGGCCGUGUCCAGGAGAAUAUUCAUCUAGUGGCUCUGGUUCUCUACCUCCAUCCAACGCCUCCUCCAUGUCUGAGGAAUACUACCCAUCUGCAUCCUUGCACAGGAGGAGUUCUGAACGUUUCUCCAACGGAGAGCGCCCUCCACCUCAUAGGAAGCUUAGCGAUGGCCACAUCAGCAGAGGAAGCUUUUUGAGUCCCCUCAGCAUCUCUAACACCUUGAUGGAAAUGAAUCCUUCAGAAAAUGGGAAUAGAAGGACCAUGCUGGAGGACUAUGUUCUAUCUGGUAACCCCUUACAACGGAACGAGCGGAUUUAUGCUUUGGACCCUUCUCAGGGGAUGUCACAUUUCCAUUACAGCACAAACAGCCCCUCUGGAGGAUUCGACAGGUUCCACUCCCGUCCUGGCACGUCCAGGAGCGUAGGCAAGGACAGGGCCAAGAACGAGAGUUUCGAAGGUGCCGGAGCGUACCGUCAGAUCGGCAGGAAGUCUGACAGCCCGGGGGCGAGAACGGGAUACUGGAGCAGCAAGGACUACGGAGCCAACUAUACCAGCCCCCUUUCCCAGAGUCCCAUACAAUCCGAGACAGUGACAACGCCGUUCGGGAUUCCGUACUCUAGGCUGUCCCAAGCGAAACACCUGAAGAACAAGAUGGGAGCAGGCAACCUGGACUCUAGGAGGAGAGGGCACGGUCCCCCCGGACACAAGGACCUCUGAAUAAGCUGCUGAGGGGAGUGGCGUCUCUCUACCGUGGUCCUGUGUGGGCUCAGGUCCAUACGGGCAUACACUGCAGACUGUGCUCGAUGCCCAGUGCUGUGGUGUAGUAUGGUUCCCUGCUGCUGGAAUAAGCCACCGGUGUGCUGCUCGGCCUGACCGCCGCGGAGGGGCUUGGUGAGGCUGGCAGGCAUUUAUUUUGGGGGUGUUGAACUGUCUUUAGGAUGCCCAUUGCUGCUGAGGCUGUAGGGUCUGCGUUCGCUGCACUUGUGCUGUUUACAUUCCUAUUUCUGGUCUUUUUUAUUUUAUUUUUCAAUGGAGGUGCUCUACAGGUACAUGAUAUUAUAGGGUUAACUCUGCCCGCGUGGGUCUAGUCACCCAUAGUGGACCAAAACCUGUUGCUACCAGGUAAACAUGCGGCAGCCAUUUUGUUUUGUUGACAGAGUUUAAUAAGAAAGUGAUUUAA